AAAAAAAAAAAAAAAAGUAGCUUUCGCGCAUAAUAGACAAAGCUUUAGGUGAGAUAUACUACUUAGUACUUAGAUCCAUUUUAAGCUACUUACAUUAAACUCAAGCCAAUUGGAUGUUACGGUGCAAGACCCUACCCCAUCGCCAGUUCAUCAAUUGCGCAAUUCCAAACGUACUCCGAGUACUUACUGUGUAUACUACUGUGUUAAAUUGCUAAAUCAAGUCGCUCAGUCGAUGACGAGCAGAUAAGCGCUCUAGAGAUUACCCUCCUCCUCAGUUUCAGCUCCGCCUUGACGAUAUCCAACCGGCACCCAGAAAGACGUCAAGCGACCCAGUAUGCAAAGGAACAGCCUUACGUACUUCCAAGCAAGAUCGGCCACUACGUAUCCUGUGGCCCCGGCGAUCCACGUGUUUCUGAACGGGGUCACUGUGCAUACUAUGUACUACUACUAUAGUAGAGAUACAUGCAUGUUACACGCACUUCUCUUAGACCCAAUUGCGAUUUAUUCCUAGAUUGCCCCGGGAUAAAGGCAUUCAGCACUUCACAAUCUGCCUAUCUUAGAUUUAUUAUGUCGUUAUAUUGAUACUCUGGGGGUCCCAGAUUCAUGCCCUUACCAAGGCUUCUGAUGACUACCACUAGACCUCUCUGCAUCAUGCUCAUGUAUAUACUUCCUACAUAUUUCCCAGCUGACUGUGACUUGCUCUUUCUGAGCCUUUAGAAUCCCAUGUUUGGGAUGAAAUAGCCAACAUUGUGAGACACUUCUCAUCGAUAUGACAGGGUCACAAAGUU